AUGGAACCGUUAAGCUUUGCGGUCGGCAUCAUAGGGCUUGCCGGUCUAUUCAGUACUUGCUUAGACGUGCUGAACAGAUUUGACUCCUGGCAAGACUUUGGAAGUGACUCGCGUAAUCUAUCUGCUCAAUUCAAAGCCCAUAAGUUACGCCUUGAAAACUGGGGACAGGCCGUGGGAUUCAAAGAUGGAGGAAUAUCGGAUGUGCAUGACAAGGCAUUAGAUGACCCGCGGGUAAUGUCUACAGUCAAGGAGCUUCUUUCGGCUGUGAAAGAUGUCUGUUGUUUUGGCGAAGAGCUAUUUUCCCCAUCUGAACUUACAUCUGAUAGGAUGGCCAAAAGACAUAUGCUGUCCCGAAGUCACACUCGUCCGAAUCUCAUCAAGGAGUCCAAGGUUCACAAACUUAACUGGGCACUAAGAGAUAAAGCAAAAAGAAUUACCCAAGUUGAACAAUUUGCAUCCUUGGUCAACAUUCUUUACAACUUGGUUCCGAUUGGAAAUGAGAAAGAGACACCCUUUCAGAUUGGGUUAUACAAAGCUAGCGGUGGCUCAUUGAUACAUUCGAACGGUAUUUUGUUUGAUCGACAGGACUUGAACGCACAAUUCAGGGGCAUGAUGAUCAGGUUAGAAACUGAAAUGGAAGAGACUCCAGAAAAGUUAAUAAAAAUAGUUGAGGUCAAACGGGAUAUACAUAAGUGGCUGCUGGGUGGACACUUGCCAAAUGAAACCUAUGCGCGCUCCACCGAAAGGAGAAUCGAGGGGACAUGUGAUUGGAUCCUAAGCACGCCUUGGUUUCUACACUGGUACUCCCACGAUUUUCCAGUGGGCCAUCCUAAGAUCCUGUGGGUAAACGCCCCAGCCGGAUUCGGAAAGUCUGUCCUAUGCGCUAAAGUGGUUGAUCAUUUGGCCUUUAACCUCAAAGAGCCUGUCUCCCAUUUCUUUUUUUCCACCGACGCUGAGAGAGAAGAUCACUUUGUGGCUAUCAGAACAUGGCUUUCUCAGAUGAUGUCGCAUCCGAGAAUCUUUGCGAUAAUUCGUGAUGUUUGGGCGCUUCAACAAGGAGUGAAGGCAACGCGCCACGAAAUCAUUGGCCUUUUGAGAGAUAUAGUGAUAGCUGUCCCAGGAUGCACUUUGAUCCUGGAUGGUCUGGAUGAAUGUAGUCGGAUGGGCGAUCGUCGGGACGACUCUAUUGCGGGGUUCUUGGAUACGAUAGCACAAGUUACCGCUCAAACACGAACUCGUCUGUUGAUCUUCAGCCGCGAUGAGCCCGAGAUCAGAGAUUCCCUUUCCGCCAUAGAGGAUGUGUUGCUUAUCCAGCAAAAGAUUACGCCCAACCUCGUUCGGCCGGACAUCGAUAUAUACUCUCGGUCGGUCGUCCGAAGAAAAUUGGCAAAGAAGACGGAAGCAAUUCAAGAGGAUAUAUCUCAGAAGCUUGCUGAUCGUUGCAAUGGGCAAUUCCUCUGGAUUAAGCUACAGGAGGGCGAGCUACGGAGCACAACCAAUCAAAAGGCCCUACAAAGAAUCAUUAACGCCACUCCUGCAGGGCUCGAGGAUGCAUAUGAGCGUAAUUGGGUGAGAAUAUCGCGACUUUCUGAUGAAAAUCGGAUGCGGGCUUUCCGCAUACUUCGAUGGGCAGCGUUUGCCCUGCGACCGUUGACGAUAAGCGAGAUGGCUGGAGCUCUGCUUGUGGGCGAGGAGGAGGAUGAAGUCCUCGUUGAUGACAUACCAGAUGAGAUAGACGAAGACUACAUUGGGUUUGAGAUAUUGAAAGAUUGCAAUUCUCUUCUGGAGAUUCGAAGCCCCUACGCAGAAUGCCUUGCUGGCAUGAAGACGGUUCACCUUGCACAUUUCUCAGUGAAAGAAUAUCUUCUGCUUCAUAUCCCAACUCGAAGUCGACUGCUACAACUCAAUUCGACCUUAGGAUCAUCGAGCGAACUGGCAGAGAGCAUUCAACUAGCCAAGAUGUGUCUCCGAUAUUUGAACUGUGUAACGAUUUGGGAUUCGACGACCGAGCAAUCUGAAUUGUUUAGCUCUUUCCGAAACUACGCGGCUGAGUUAUGGCAACAGCACUCUUCACUGCAUGAUGAAAAAGACGGUCAAUUGACAGAUCUCAUUCGCCGUCUCUUUGAUACAGAAAAUCCAACCUGGUCUUACUGGAAGGAGUGGUUUGAUUCGAAUGACAAAGAUGCCAAGAAAGAUGACCGAAACCCUGAAUUCACCUCAUCAAGCCCUAUGUGGUAUGCAGCUUCCCUUGGAAUAACCGAUGUCGUGCAGGGCUUUAUCAAUUCUGGCCAUGAUGACAUUGAUCAAAGGGGAAACAGAGGACUCACUGCCUUGGCAGCAGCUUGCUCAAGAGGACAUUUGGAAACCUCAAAGAUAUUACUCAAUGCGGGAGCAGAUAUGGCAAGCACGACAAUUCAAGGCUCAUCGCCUUUAUACCUAGCUGCAGUCAAUGGUCAUGUAGAAGUGGUUCAACUUCUGGUUGACGAGGGGGCAGACGUUAAAAAGUCUCAGCAUAUCAAAGGGUUCACACCACUCCAUGCAGCCACUCAUUCAGGACACAGGAAGAUCGUUCAAUUGCUCCUUGAAAAUGGCGCAGAGCCCUCGACUGUGAAUGCCAACGGAGGAACACCUUUGUACACUGCAUCGGUGAAAGGCUACACGGGAAUUGUAUCUCUCCUCAUCAAGGCAGAAGCGAAUAUCGAUGCUGCAGUUAGCACCGGAUACACACCAUUGAAUGCAGCUUUGUCUGAGGGCCACUUGGAUAUAGCCAAAACACUUCUCAUCAAUGGUGCGUGUAUUCAAGGUUCAACUGAAUUUGGAUGGAGUUCGUUACACUUUGCGUCUAGAAACGGAUCUCUCGACAUAGUGAAGAUAUUGAUUGAUAUGGGUGCCAACUUGAAUUUAGAUGAAAGCGGCAAGGAGACCCCACUCUUCAUUGCUUGCUGCUAUGGCCAUUUUGAUGUGGCUUUUUUGCUCAUCAGCCAUGGAGCUAAUGUCAAUAUCAGGGAUGAACUCGACAGAACCCCAUUAGACUCCGCAUCGCAUAAAGGUCAUGUUGAUGUAGUCAAGCUUCUUCUUGAGCAUGGUGCUAAAAAAGAAGCCACCGAUAGUGAUGGGUGGACCGCACUAAUCAACGCUUCUGAUCAAGGUCAUCUUGAAGUUGUUCAGUUGCUGCUUGACAAUGGUGCGGAGAUGGAAGCGACUGACAACCAGGGGUGGACCGCACUAUGUAGCGCCUCAUAUAGAGGUCAUACCGAGAUAGUUUCAUUGCUUCUUGACAGGGGUGCCGAAAUCGAUGCCGCAGACAAUCUUGGGUGGAGUGCAUUACUGAACGCUUCGAAUGGAGGUCACUACGAAGUUAUUCAGUUGCUUCUUGAUAAUAGCGCUGACAUCGAAGCUAAGACUAAGCAUGGUUGGACUGCGCUUAAUAAUGCGUCAUUUGAAGGUCGUCUCGACAUAGUCAAGUUGCUCCUUGGACAUGGUGCAGAUACCAAGGCAGCUAAUCGCUUGGGGCUCACUGCUCUGCAUACGGCCGCGACCAAAGGUCACGUUGAAGUUGUUAGACUGCUUCUUGAUAAUGGUGCAGAUACUGAGGCAGCUAAUAGCUUUGGACACACUGCCCUGAGUGCGGCCGCGACCAAAGGUCACGUUGAAGUUGCUAGAUUGCUCCUUGAACAUGGUGCAGAUCCUGAAGCGACCGGCAAUGCUGGCCUCACCGCAUUGUCCUAUGCCUCUGAGAAUGGUCACCUUGGAGUGGUUAGGCUGUUUUUCGAGGCAUCAGCUACAACGAUUCAAGCUUUGGACAAAUGGGGUCGUACAAUACUGUGGUAUGCCGCUUCGAGAGGUCAAAUAGCCAUGGUUAACUUAUGUCUUGCCAACAAUGUCCCGGUGGACCUUGCAGAUCAUUGGGGCUCAACAUGCCUGUUCGCAGCUGUGAGGAAUGGAUGUUUGGAAGUGGCCAAACAAUUGAUCACUGCCACAAGUCUCACAGUUCGGACUCGAGAUGGCCUGGAUCGUACGUUAUUCUGGUGGGCCAAGAGGAGUGGGAGCAUUGAUGUUGUAGAGCUUCUGCUUCAACAUGCCGAGAAUACCAGCGUCAAGAUCCCGGAGGAGGAAUUGCAGAUGGAGAUUUCUUUUUGUGACUAUGGAAAGGCGACUAGACGCUGUGACGUGUGCUUUCGCUAUAUUGGAAGCGGUGAUUAUUAUCGCAAGUGCCAGGCAUGCUUUGAUUUUGAUAUUUGCCUGGAGUGCUUUGGGCUUGGUGCUCGAUGUCUUGAACCCUCCCACGAGAUGAACCUUAACGAACCAAAUGGUCUUCCAGAGAAGAAAAAUUAG